AUGAAAGUGGAAACUCUAGACAGAGUGAUAAGUUGGGGAAUAUGGUACCAGGGCACAUCCAACCCACUGGAGUUCCUAGGCAAGAUGGAGGAAUGGGCCAUGGGAUAUGGCAUAGACAAGGAUGCAUUGGUACAGACGAUGCCAUUUAUCUUGGAAGGCGCCGCAGAGGACUGGUGGAAUACGACGCCAAGUCGGGUAAGGACAUGGGAAGAGCUGAGAAGGGAACUCCUAGAGUACUUCCUACCGCCAAGGUAUCAGGAGCAACUGGAUGUGAAAAUCGGACAACUACGACAGAAGGAGGGAGACCCAACUCGAACAUACGCAAUGGAGCUAAGAAAGCUGAUGAGAUUCACCAUCUACUCGGAGGAGGAAAAACUGGAUAGGAUCUUCAAGAACUGUCGGAGCAAGAUAAAACUAUAUGCACGAAGAUCAGGUUUUGCGUCGCUAUUGGAGGAAAUUGAGGCGGCGGAAAGACAGGGACAACCGGCAGAGGCAAGGGGCCACAGACUUAGGCCAGAAAUCUGUAUGACAUGGUGA